UCUCACCUCUCCUCUAUCCAGGCUCUUUGCACCUGCUGCCUUCCGCGUUCUUCAUGAGAGAUAUAUAACCCUUCACUUUGUCAGUCUCUCAAGACACUCUUUCCACUACUCUUUUUCUCUCUUACUCGAAUAUCAUUUGAGCCAAACACACCAACCUUUCUCAACAUUCCAUAGCUGUAAGACCCAACAAUCACCAUGCCGCCCAAGAAAUCUGUCGCCAACGGCGAUGUUGGAGAUACUGGCGGUCCCUUCAAAUGGGAAGGUCCCAACGACGCGAAGCUCCUCCUUCUGACGCAAGGCCGCUGGGUCAAGCCAGACGAGUAUCCCCAGUUAUCUUCUGCAUUCCCUGGAACCUCAACUGGCAGCAUCCGCAACCGCAUCUCCGCCCUCCGCGUCAAACAACGCGACCUGUACCUCGAGCUCUCCUGGGAACUCCCCGAAGGCGGCGCGGGACACAGUGCGAAGAAGGCUUCUAAGAACAGCACUCCCAAAACAGGCACGCCUAAGAGGAAGGCAGACGGUGGUUUCGACGACGGAUCUGGAGAGGGUGGCGGGGACGAGGUAAAGACACCGAGCAAGAAGCCGAGAGGUAGGAAACCGAAAGCUGAGGUCAAGGAGAAGAGCGUGGACAAGGGGAGCGUUGAGGAGGAUGGCGAGGAAGAUGUUGAGGUUGAGGAAGACUAUAUUCCUAUGGCUAAGCGUGUCAAGGAGGAGCCGGUUGAGGAGAUGGUUUAGACCCUCCCUUCUUUUUCCCUCUCUCCUUCGAUUGACUGAUCUGUCUUCCGUUCGGUGCGGGACAUGUUUACAUUUCCGGAUUGCAGUGGAACAUUCGGAAUGGAGAAGUGACGUCUUCUCCUAGAAGUAUUCGUCUCUCAGCCCUGUUCUAAAGAAUUUGGUGCAGGGCUGAUUGCCCAACAGGUGCCGUGAGC